AUGACCACAAUGCCGAGACGACUGGAGGUCCAGAGCUCGAUCCUCCCCGGUGGGGACUGCUUUAACAUGUGGCACGACUACAUGAAUCUGAGCCAAGUUUUUGAGAGACUGUGCAGCAACCGUGAGGUUGAAAACGGAGACAUCGAGCGUCCAAAGAAGGGACAAGCGCCCCCCUGGAGUAAGGUCCACACUUCCACUCGGGGGAAGAAAUCCUCCAAAAAUUCAUCGCAGUCCAGUCCGACCAGCAGCGCGUCGGACACCAGCAGCAGCGCGUCAUCCUCGGACUACUGCCGCUUCUGCAAGCAGAACGGGGAGACUCCGAGGGUGUACCGAUCUCACAAGCUCAAAUCAGACGACGGGAAAGUUUUCUGCCCCAUCCUCCGGAACUACACUUGCCCUGUCUGCGAAGCCACCGGUGACAGCGCUCACACUCGCAGGUACUGCCCGCAGGUGAAGUGGGAGGCGGCUGGGAGGAUGCAGACGGGGGUCAAGUUCUGUCUGCAGCAAGGAGCCCUCAUCCAUCACAUCUGUGGAGCCCCGAGCCGGGGUGAGCGCUCUCGCUCGCCAGUACGCGCAGGCUCAACGGGAGAAAACUGCGCCAGCUUUGAGGGUGUCCCAAGUUCUGCCAGCUGCUGA